AAAAAAUGUAAUUUAGAUAAAAAUAUAUUUAUUUUCAAAAUUAAAAAUGUUAAUAUUCCUAAUACUUCUGAAUUUAAUAUUUCUAUCAAACGGCUCCUUAUUAAGAGAAUCAUGCUUCAGUCCUAUCUACUGCCACGGAAAAAUUUUGCACAUGGUACAAACAGCUGGAAUUUUAAACGACUCCAAAACGUUCGUAGACUUAUCGAUGAAAUAUCCCAUCAAUGAAACUUUUGAUAAUUUUGAAGAAUUUUUAUUGAAGACGCCGCAUCCAAACCCGAUGGACAUACAACGUUUUGUGUACGAAAAUUUUGUAUCUACCGGGGAAAUUGAGGAGUACUGGCCCACAGAUUACAGAUCUGAUCCCAAGUUGAUACAAGAAAUUGAAGACCCUCUGGUAAAAAAGUUUACCGAAAAUUUGGUGGAAUUGUGGCCUACAUUGGCGAGAAAAGUCACUAGAAAAGUUUUAGAGCAACCUGAGUCUUAUUCAAUCAUUCCGGUAUCGAAUGGAUUUAUAAUUCCAGGAGGCAGAUUCAAAGAGAUCUACUACUGGGACACAUAUUGGAUAGUACAUGGUCUUCUAAUUUGUGAUAUGAAGGAAACUGCAAGAGGCAUGGUGGAAAAUUUGCUAUCCCUAGUAGAAAGAUAUGGGUUUGUUCCAAAUGGAAACAGAGUCUACUACCUAAACAGAUCUCAACCACCCUUGCUAACUUUAAUGUUUGCUUUAUACGUACGCUAUACGCUUAACUACGCCUUCAUGGAGGAACAUAUACAUAUUCUCGAGCAGGAAAUCGACUUUUGGCUUACAAAACGCAUCCACGAGUUAGAAAAAAAUGGCAGGGUGUACAAACUUCUCUCGUAUGGAAGUCAAAGCGACACCCCACGCCCGGAAAGUUACAUUGAAGACAUAGAAACAUGCAGUUACUACAGCAAAGCCGAGGAAAUAGCCGAGUGCUACUUGGACCUUAAAGCGGGUGCGGAAAGUGGAUGGGAUUUUUCUUCUCGUUGGAUUUUCGACAAGAAAGGCAGUCCAAACGCCAAUUUGUCCCACAUACAGACCAGAAGAAACCUACCGGCCGAUUUGAACUCGUUUAUGUAUAUGAAUUUUAUGGAGUUGUACAAGAUGUUUUUAAAGUUGAAUAAUCAGAAGAAAGCACAAAAAUACUUAGAUCUUGCAAAUCAGUGGAAAGAGAGCAUAGAAACGUUUCUGUGGAACGAGGAAGACGGAAUUUGGUACGACUACGAUGUGUUAUUAAAAAAACAAAGAAGAUGGUUUUACGCGAGCAAUGUGACACCUUUAUGGGCCAAAGCUAUGGAUAUACAGUUGUUAUCUGAAAGGGCGGAUAGAGUUGUGGCAUAUCUAAGAAACAACGGAAUCAUUGAUUGUCUUGGUGGUAUACCAUCCUCAUUCCUAUCAUCUGGGCUACAAUGGGAUCUACCGAAUGCCUGGGCUCCCACACAGGGAAUAUUAAUUUUUGGCUUGGAGAAUUCUGGAAGUGUUGAAGCUAAGAAUCUUGCCAAUGUUUUGGCAGUAAACUGGGUGAGAUCGAAUAGAAAAGCGUUUCAGGAAAACCGGGUAAUGUUCGAAAAAUAUAAUUCCCAAUACAGCGGUCAAUAUGGUGGUGGGGGAGAAUAUGUAAUUCAAUCUGGGUUUGGUUGGAGCAAUGGGGUAAUGUUGGAGUUGAUAAACCACUACUACAGAAAUCACACUUUCGUCCACAAAAAGAAGAAAUCGCCCUAAACCAUGUUUUAUUCAAUAAAACUAUUCGUAAUA